GAGGGUAAGUAAGUAAAUAAACCCCAGACCAGCAGCAGAAGAAACAUAGAUCAAAGAGAAGAGAAAAUCGAGCUUAAAAAUGGCGAAUUCCAUCUUAAAUUUGAUACUGAUUGUCUCUAUUGCUAUUUUCUCAAAUUCGACCUACGCCAUUGACGAUAAAUGCUCGGCCUGCAAUGCGAUUGCCGAGGAGCUGGAGCGCGGAUUAUUGCGUGAAAAGCCUAGAAACCAUUUGGACAUGAGACAUCGUUUGGAUUCUAAAGGUCAGCGUCAAGGAAAGCUAAUAGAUUACAGAGUCAGUGACUUAAGGGUUGUUGAACUCCUUGAUGGUCUCUGCGAAAAGAUGCAAGAUUAUACUCUCGAUAAGGUUGAUUCGAGUAGACAAACAUGGAUCAAAGUGACUAACUGGGACAAUCUUGAAAUUAAUAAACAAGAAGCUCGAGCAUAUUCGAAAGACAUCUCAAGUUUCUGUGGAAGGUUGCUCGAGGAAACUGAAGAUGAGCUGUCGGAACUGAUAAAGGAAGGUUCCGUUAAAGUCGGGGAAGUAAAUAAGGUCCUAUGCCAAGACCUCGGCAGAUACUGUAGCCAAACGAGUGGUAAGCAAAAAGUAGUUGACGAUGAAGAUACAAGCGAUGGGGAAGGAGAGCUCUAAGAGCCACAGACGAUUGUCGUUGGAGUCGAUUGAGCAUAGAGGAUACUUCAUUGUUUGUUAGGCAUGGUCGAAUACGAGCUACAGCUGACAGCUGGCACCGGGUAAAAUAUCUAUAUUCAUUCAUGUACGUACGUACACAUGGAUGUGUGUGUUUGUGUAACAGAAAUGUUAGUUGCUAAUUCAAGCAUCAGAAAUAUUCAUGGAAAACUCGAUAUUUAAUCAAGUCAAUUGACUAUAAACAAUCAAUUCAAAA